AUGAGCACCAAUAAAGGCGCCGCCAUGUUGGACCGUGCCGCUUCCUCACGUGACCGCGCGCCGCCCCACGUGACGCGGGGCAGCAUGUCGGCGCUGGGCGCGGUGGAGGCGGCGGGCGCCGGGUCCCUGUUCCGGCCGCUGAGCGCUGAGGACGGGGAGCAGCGGCCGGCGGAGAUCGAGUCCCUGUGCAUGAACUGCUUCUGCAGCGGGGUGACGCGGCUCCUGCUCACCAGGAUCCCGUUCUUCAAAGAGGUCAUCGUCAGCUCCUUCACCUGCGGGAGCUGCUCCUGGUCCAACACCGAGAUCCAGUCCGCGGGGCGCAUCCAGGAGCAGGGCGUGCGCUACACCCUCACCGUCACCUCCCGGCAGGACCUGAACAGGGAGGUGGUGAAGACCGACUGCGCCACGGCUCGGAUUCCAGAGCUGGACUUUGAGAUCCCUGCUUUCUCCCAGAAGGGAGUCCUUACCACCAUUGAAGGGCUCAUUGACAGAGCUGUGGCCGGCCUGGAGCAGGACCAGCCUGUCCGCAGGGCAACAGACCAGGAGGUGGCCAUUAAAAUAGAUGAGUUCAUUGGGAAGCUAAAGCAGCUGAAAGAAGUGCAUUCCCCCUUCACCUUUAUCAUCGAUGACCCCUCAGGGAACAGCUUUGUGGAGAACCCUCGUGCGCCGCAGAAGGACGAUGCUCUGGUGGUCACUCACUACAGGAGGAGUCCCCAGCAGGCUGCCAUGCUGGGGCUGGAGGGAGAGGAGUUGGAUGAGAAGCCAGAUGAUGCUGCAGAGGACCUGAGGAAUGAGGUCCUGCAGUUCAACACCAACUGCCCCGAGUGCAACGCUCCAGCCAACACGAAUAUGAAGUUAGUGCAGAUCCCACACUUCAAGGAGGUGAUCAUCAUGGCCACAAACUGUGACUCCUGUGGCCACAGGACGAAUGAGGUGAAGUCUGGAGGAGCCAUCGAGCCGCAGGGCACCAGGAUUACCCUGCGGAUCACAGACCCCUCUGACAUGACAAGGGACAUCCUCAAGUCGGAGACGUGCAGUGUGGAGAUCCCGGAGCUGGAGUUCGAGCUGGGCAUGGGAGCGCUGGGGGGGAAGUUCACCACGCUGGAGGGGCUGCUGAAGGACAUCCGGGACCUGGUGGAGAGGAACCCCUUCACCCUGGGGGACAGCUCUACACCCAGCAGGACCGGGAAGCUGCAGGAGUUCAUUGGGAAGCUGCAGGAGGUCAUAGAGGGAAAGGUGAAGGCUCACCUCAUCCUGGAUGACCCUGCAGGCAACAGCUACCUUCAGAAUGUGUACGCUCCGGAGGAGGACCCGGAGCUCCGAGUGGAGCGCUACGAGCGGAGCUUUGAGCAGAACGAAGACCUGGGCCUCAACGACAUGAAGACGGAGGGCUACGAGUCGGAGGGAGCCUCGGGCCGGUAGCCGGACCUGUAAACCUCGAUGGAAUGGGACUUUCUGGG